GCCGAGUAUUGAUCAAUUGGGAGGCUCCUCGUGGGGCAGCCGUUCGAAGCAAUGGACCGACGACGACGAUAGCAGACGAUGAGGGGAGCAUGGCUGCUCCUGCUUGGCCUCGGCGGCGCACAGCCGCCCAAGCUGGUGAGGACACCCAAGAGGCCAGCGCCGCGAGUCGUCGACGCGGCCACUAACGAGGCGGCGCCGGCGAACGCGACGACGGAUGAAGCAAGAAGGCGCCUCGCCGCACAACGGGGCGGCGGCCGCACGGACGUCUACCGGCCGGCGCCCGGCAACAUUUACACGUUCGCGCCGACGGCCUCGCAGACCCAGGAACCGACGCGGGACAUGGAGCGCAUGCCGCCUCCGUUACUCAUGCCGCCGUCGGGCGCCUACGAUCUUGCGGUUGGCGCGUCUCUAUUACACGAAAUUCCCGGCACGCAGCUGCACUGCACCAUCGAAGGAGUGGACUGCCCCCUGAGUCCUACUGGCGACGAGUGCGCGCCGACGCGAGCCUCUCCAUCUUAUAUGGCAGGUACCAUAAUACAUCUGUCUGGAACGAUGUCGCCCACGAUCACGUUGCGAUGCAUGGCCCGCGCGCCUUUGGUCGAUUUCCCGGAAUAUUCCCGGAAGGAACCGGAGCAGCAACUCCGAGACUCGGAGCCGCGCGCGCGGACGUAUGAGGUGCAGAUGGGCAUGUACGAUUAUGAUAGAAGGGGCUACACGGGCCGCGUGGGCAUGGCGUACUUGGUACCAUAUUACAGAGGCAUGAACUACGCGGACGAGGCCGGUUUGACCAUGCCCGCCUUGUCCGGCCACUCGUCGGACAUGGCGUCCGUGGAUCUGAACACGUCCUCGUACUUGUCGGUACGAAUCCAUGGCGUCGACACGGACUUCGCGGACUUCUACACGAUUGAUAUUGUGAACGACUUGCCCUACUCGAGAGGCACCGGCGCCUACAAGGUCUCGUAUUGUGUAUUAGAGGAUGGGUACGGCGACGCGUGCUCUUUAGCAUUCCCGUGCAAGAACGGCGAGCCCUGCGAGACCGUCGGAAGGCAAGCGAACAAGCACGACCUCGCGACGUACGCCGACAACGACAAAUUGAAGGGCUUCUUCCACGGCUUCGUCCAGCACCAGAAGCGCCGAUUUACCACCGAAACAUUUUAUACGGACUAUAAGUAUUAUAGGAGGUACAUGGUGUCUCCCAAAGAAAUUCAGGAGGCCGUUAGAUAUGGAGAGGCCUGGUAUCGACCAGCGCAUAGGUUCAAUUCCUAUCCGAGACGCGAGCCGAGCUUUUUGGGCACGGAUUCGUAUCCAGACGGCAUGGGCGGCUGGGCCGAGGUGCCCGAGAGUGAAUCAAGGGCGCCCAUGGAUUUGGACAAUAACGUCGGGCCCGAGUAUUUUGCCGAUGGUGGGAGUGUGGGAACGCCGGGAAGCCCGCCGGGCAAGGAGUGGCGCUACAACUUCGAGAUCGAGGCGCCGGGGUCCGGCGGCAUCUUCUUGGUGCCGCUGGAGGCGCCCCAGCCCAUGCAGGACAUCGCGCCCUGGACCGUGUGUGACGCACAGAUCAGAGAGGACCCGACGAAAAAAGUUACGAACAUCAGUAGGCACAACUCCACGUCCUACGGCUUCCUGGCGCCCUUCUUCGACGGCGACAGCUACUCCGGGUCGACGGUGCGGUUGAAAUUAGCGACGACGAUGCAGGAGGUCCGCGUGACGCGGACGUGGAUCAACAUCAUGACUUGUUGUGUGGUCAACAUCACGCGGGAGAUCUGCGCUUUGAAUCGCACGGAGGUGCGCGACAGUGGCGCCGUGCGCAUCACGACCAUCGACGAGUACGCGACGGCUUCGAUCGAGGUCAACAACACGUUUGAUUUGCAGCCGACGCCGAAGCCGACGUCCAAUAAUACGGCGACGACUGCGACGGAAGUCCCCAAGACCAUAUCCAUACCAGCCGCGCCAUCCAGGACGGAGGCUUUAGAUUUAACGGCGACACACGAUAGACUGCGCGGCUUCGUCGGAGGCUUCGCGAUGCGCGACCACGUCUAUUUCGUGCCGCACUUCGACGGGCGCAACCCGGGCCACGUUAUCGCGCGGCUGGAGGCCGAGGACUUCAGUCAAGCAACCGUAAAAGCUCUAGAUCUGUGGCGCUGGGACACGAGUCUGGCGGGCUACUUUGGCGGGUUUGGGUAUACGACGCAUGGUGCCGGAAUCGAGUACGGGUUUCUCGUGCCGCACGCGGCUUUGACGGGACCAGUAGGCAAGGUGAAUUCUCAGCACCCGGCGGACACGUGGGCGCCGGGCGUCGGCCAGGACUGGAAUUUGGACUACUCUGAUGGGAGGGACACGUCUACGCGAUUGGGAGAGCGCCACUGGUACGAGGAGGGCGGGUCCUUCCAUUCUGAAUACAGAACGGAGGGCAGCCAGCGGACCGCCGUCGGCGGCGACCACACCACCGAAUACUUCCACGGCAAGCUCGUGAGAUUACAUCUAGCGGACUUUGAGAGUACGGGGGAUGCGCCGUUCGACGUUUUAGAUUUGACGGAGAUUGAUCCGGAUCUGCGCGGUUUUGCUGGUGGGAGUGUGGUGGGGCGGUACGGGUUGCUCGUGCCGUACAAGAAUAGGGUGGGCGACGACGGUUUUUUUGGGAAAUUAGUGAAGGUUGAUUUGGAGGCUUUUACGGUGGAGGCGGUGCUUGACCUCACUAGGCUGGAAAUCAAUUCCGAGACCACGGAGAUUAGUGGAGACGCGUUGCGAGGUUUUGUGGGGGGCGUGUCCUUCGGGAAAUAUUUUUGCCUCGUGCCGCACCGCAACAAUCGAAGGGAUAUCAAUUAUAAUAAGCGGGACCAUUCUGCUUUAGUGGUCCGGGUCGACGUCGACGACUUUACGAUUUCGACAGGUGUCAAAGUUGUUGAUUUAUCAAAAGUAGUACGGCAGCAGAUCCCGAGCCAGCCGGAUAAUGAAUUGAGGGGGUUUUUACAUGGCUUCGCCGCUGGAGAAUAUUUAUACUUGGCGCCUCAUUUCGGCCGCGACUUCCACGGCAAAUUGGUGAGGAUCGACAUGCGCGACUUCGGGACGCUGGCGGACCUGCAAGCUACAGAUCAGUCGACGGACGUGCCCGUCGGGACGCCGGGCGCGUACACGGGCGUGCAAUAUGUAGAUUUAGAACGGAGCGACCCGAAUUUGGUGGGUUUUAGCGGCGGCUUCAGCGUGCGGUCGUCGGAACCGACCGUCGAGAAGCCCCUGGACUCGCCCGAAAAACGCAGCGAGUGGUGGGAGCAGUGCCACUACAUCCCCUUGGCCGACGGCGAGGCGGCGUCGUCGUCUUCUUCUAGAGUCGCGCACGUCACGCGCAAGGAAUUCUUCGCGAACCGGUAUUGUAGCGACGAGCCCGUGAAGAAGGAGGAGACGGGCAAGUUCGAGAGUCUGUAUGUCGUCAUGCGCGAGUGUUUGGAAUCGCGGAUUGGGAUAGACGGCGCGUCGGCCUUCUUCCCCUACGAGGAGCCCUACUGCUACACGAACUUUAGGAUCCCCCUGGACUCGGACCGGCUGCCGGGUUGUAGUAGAGGGACCUACGAGAAGUGCUACUACGAGAACGAGCCCUAUACGUACCUGAGCAAGAACGACCAGGACGAGCUCAAUAAAAUUGAACUCGCGCACCGCGAGACGUGCUCGGCCUUCCACGACGAGAUUGGGUUGGCGCACUUCUCGACGAGCGAGACGGGCGUCGCCCUCAACGAGGCGACGCCCGGCCUCGUGGAGAUCACGCCCGAGGGGGGCGACUACGAGGCGACCUUCCCGCGCGUCGUGCUUUAAGGAUUGUACUACUACU